AUUUCUAUACUAGAUUGUAUAUAUAUGUAUGAAUUUUGCUAUAAACUUUACACAGUUUUAUAUCAAUUUCUCAAGACAGGAACACCAGAUAUAAAUUUCAUGGGUUGCGAUCAAGAGCUAAAGUAAUUAGCUUUAAGCCUAUACCCUCUUUCAUUUUUCCUUUACAGUCCCUUUAAGGAGAUUUGUUUCACCCUAUAAUCAUCCAUUCACCUAAUUCGUCCGUCUUUAUAUGUGUUUAUACAAAUGCCUAUUGGAGGUCAUUUGAAUCCUAAACAUUUUGCUUUCUCGUUUAUUAUAAACAGUAAACACAAAAUGAGAUUGGAAACUUUCCUUUUGCUUUCCCUUUUUAAUCGAAAAAAUAAUUCUCAAAACUUUGUUAUUAUUCACCCCUUUUCAGCCUUUUUUCUACUUAAUAUAAGAUAAUAAACAAUGAUUAUAUUAUUAAUAAUUUUUAUAUGAAAGUUAUAACAAAUUUUGUCAUGACAAAAUAUUUACUGAAAUAAAAAAUCUAAGAUUAAAAUCUGUAAAAGAUGCCAAAGAUCAAUCAUUGCAAACAUGUCUAAACAACAUUGAAGUGAAAUAUUCAAAAUAUGUUAAUUUUGUAAAAAAUAAUUUCCCCUGAAUCUUCUUGAGUAUUCUGCCCAGUUGAAAUAAACACCCCACAAUCUCAAUAUCAGCAAUAUCCGUUAGCACUUGCUGUUCUCUUCAUAGUACAUUCAGUUUAACUGUACACUGUACAUACAUUCAGUUUAACUGUACACUGUACAUACAUUCAGUUCUUACAGUUCAGAUCAUUCUGUUCUUACUGUACAUUGUGGUGAUAACUUGUUGUACACUGUACAAAGCAUACUGAACACGUUCGACAGAGUGUCGUUGCUUUAAGCUAAAAAAUAUGUGCAUUGUUUCAUGUUCUAAGUUUAGAAAGAUAGAAAAUGAUGCUGAAAAGUAAUUAAGUUACAUUACAUAAAAUCUGAAAGCCAUCAAUAUCAUCAAAGUCUGACACUGAACUUAACCAUGGAAGGAAAAGCCAAAAAAGAUGAAGCAGCUAGCCUGGGGCCAGGAAGGAAAGAGAGCUUUAUGGUUGUGGAGGAGGUUAUUGAGACAAAAGAAAUGCUUGCUCCGCUCCAAGACAAUGAUUAUGAAGAUAUUGAUUACGAAGAAAUAUCAAGUCCUCAGCUAGUGACAUGUGGGAUGCUCAUCAUUCGGGCUACAGGAUCAAAUGAAAUUGAUGAAAGUGACAAAAUCGAAAUCGAAAAGCAGAUGGAGGAUAUCAGAAGCAUAAGAGGAAAAGAGAUCAAACAUUUAGAGGAAAAGAAAAAGAAUUUGAAAAAAGAUCAAAUGCCCGAAAAAUUUAAAACAUUGGAAAGGAAUGCAGAGUCUGAGUCUAAAAAUGCAAACAGCUUAAAAAACAAAAUCCUUGAAAUGAAUGAAAAUCAAGAAGAAGAACUGAACCUUGAAACAGAAUGUAAGCUAGCUGCACUGCAUGAACCUGUCAAGAAUAAACAAACAAAUUUGACUGCCCUUGAGGAUGCAAGAGUGCAAGAAAGCAGUUCUUUGCAUCCCUUGUACCCAGAUUUUUCUGUUUCUGUGCUUAGGUUUCAGGAUGCAAUAGAAAGCUUUUCCCAGGCUGUGUUCAAUGAUGCAUUUGAUUCAAUGUUAGGCAACAUUCAAUCAACAGAAAGUGAUAUCACAAACAUAAAGAAAAGUACAUCAAAGAGUAGUGACUCUUGUGAUGACAACCAAUAUAAAAACCAGAAAAUUGUGGAAGAAAGUCCUUUACUUAAUACCAAGGUCAGUAACAAGUUGACCGAACUGAAAGGCAACUCAUCUAGUGUGAUUGAGCCUGAAAUGCUUGAGAUUGUAGAAGAACCCAUAAUGGCAGAGGUUGCCUACACUGUUGGUACAAAACAAAAGCAUGUGCCGUCAAAGAUUGAGGAUGCAAAGUCUAGUCCUGAGUACAAGCCAACUGAAGGUGAUGAUAAGCGUAAACAUUUUGAAGAAGAACCCUUCACAAAUACAAAUGUCAAUAAAAGGCUCUCUGAAGAUGAGUAUGGACAGGAUUCCAGUUUUAUAAAACCUGAAAUACAGGAAGUGAUUGAAGAACCUGUUAUGCUUAAGGAUGCCAAUACUGUUGGGACAAGGCAAGAGAAAAUACUGUCAAAGACUAAGGAUAAAUCAUCCAAUCUAGAAAACGAGCAAACUGAAAAUAAAAGUAAACUUUGUGAAGAUAAACCUUUGCUAAAUACAACAAUCAAUAACAAAUUAUCAGAACUUAAAGGAAAGGCUUCCAACUUUAUUGAACCUAACAAGCAAGAAGUGAUGGAAGAACCUAUUGAAGCAGUAGUUGCGUAUAAAGUUGGAACAAGAAAAGAACCUCAAAAAUCAUCUGAAGUCUCUGAAAAUUCAUCAUAUGAGACUCACAGUGAUGAUUUGGAAAAUUUCAAUCCAGACAAAGAUUAUGAGCCUGCUGAUAAAAGCAAACAAAAAGAAGAGAAUUUCAUUACAAAAGAGUCUGUUCAUGACAAAAAGUCUGUCAAAGUGACAGAAUCUGGAACUGAAAAGUUAAUUUCAAAUUUAGACAAUGGCAGCAGUAAUAUUGGAAAUUUACCACAGAUAAUUCCUGGUUAUAGAGUAAAAGAUCAUGAUGAGACAUUUGAUAAAAUUUCAGAAAAUGUACAAGAAACCCCAAAUAUAGAUGCAAGUGCGGGGUUAAAAAAUACAUGUGAAAUUGUAAAAAAUAAUGAAACUUUUAAAAAUCAAAAGGAAGUAAGUUGUGAAAGCGCUCCUAAAGAUAGAAUUCAGUCUAUUCCGGAUGUCUGUAUCACCCCUGACACUUCAGAUAUUACAGAAGAUGAUAAAGACAAUGUUUUUAUAAGAGAAGCAGAUUUAACCAACAAUAAUUCUUCAGCUGCUCUGAGGACUCAUGACAUUAAUGCUAAUCCUAUUUUUCCAGAAAGUGAUUCUGAAGGCUGGGUAACCAUUCCAAUCUUGAGAGGAUUUAGUGAUUCUGAAGCAUAUACAAACAUUGCUAUGUCAAUUCAGGAACUCUCUGAUAAUGAAGGGUAUGAAGAAAGUAAUAACAACUCUCCCAUCAUACAAGAAGGAGAUGAUUUUAAGAAAAUCAAAAAAUCUUCUGUUCCAUCAUUUCAAACUGUUGAGUUUGAGGAUGUGUCAGAGCCUGAAUCAAAGGUUCUUUCCUCAAAGAAUACUUCUGAACCUUGUGCUAACAAUCAUACAGCUGAAAGUUCAAUAAUUCAUCUUGCAUUUUCAAGGGACAAUGAAUUACAACUUGAAGAGAAUGCUGAAGAGCUUAGCACAAACAUCACAAUUCUGAAAGAGCAUGCCAAAGUCGAUGAUACUAUUAGCGGUUUAGAAACUCCUGUGAUGUUACAUGAAGAGUCUUUGCAAUAUGAUCAGAGAAUAACAGAAACUUGUAAUUUAAGAGUUGAGAAAGACAAAAGUGCGGGGAACAGCAUUUCAAUCAGGAAGGAGAACAAUUUUGAAGAUCAUGAAAGUUUAGGCAUAAAACAAGACAGAACUAUUAAAAUAGCAAAAGACCUUUUAAAAAUAAAAGAACCAGAAUCACAAAAAGCUGAAAGUAAGAUGAUACAAAUUGAUGUAAAACUUGAAAACAGUUCUGAAGAGCUGGAAACAAAAGUCACAAAUCUUGAUGAAUAUGCCAGUGUCAAUGACAAUAUCAGUGGUUUAGAAACUCCUGUAAUUUUACAUGAGGAGUCUUUGAAAUAUGAAAAAAGUGAGACAGAAAUUUGUGAUACACAGAAUAAGGAGGAGAGCAGUCUGGAAAUUAACAUUCCAGUCAGUGAGGAAAAAGAAUCUGAAGAACCUUCAGGUUUAAAUAAAAAUCAAGAUCAAAUUUUUGAAAUUGAUGAAGACAUUUACGCAUCAAGAGAUGCAAGGUUACAUCAAAAAGUACUUCUAGAAAAUGAAAGAGAAAAAAAAUUGCAUGAGAAGGGAAAUGCAUCAGAAACACAAAAGAACCUUACAUCUGAAGUUACUGAGAAAGCAGUUGAAAUAACAGAGCCAAUUAAAGAUAUUGAAGUUGUUUCAGAGGAUAAAAAAAUAACAGAAAAUGCAGAAAAUAAGAAACAGGAAGUUUCUUACUCCACAAGUAACUCAAAAGCAUCAGAACAUCAAUCAUUAAAAAAAAGUUCUGAGGAAAUAAAUGUCUACAAUUCAGAGAACUCAAUCACAGCUGAAGACAUCAUUGGGGACAAAACAUCAUUUCAGCACAAGAUGGAAAGUACAAAUGGGACAGAACAAUUGAGUCCUGGAACAGUUUCCAUCUGGUUGCAAAGGUUUUCUUUAAUUAUGCUAGCCGGUGCAGUGGUUUGCUUCUAUCUAACACCAAGCUAUGAUGAGAACAGCUGUGACAAGAAUGAAAAAGGAGUUCCAGCUUCUUGUGCUCUUGAUGGUUAUGCCUGGCUGUCCAGAUUAUAAUUAUGUGUUUUACCCUCAUUUACUAAGAAUUUAAUAUUACACCCCUGUGAGUGCAUGCAUUGCAUUCCUGAUUUCAGGGUUGCAUUGCAAGCUUUUCCCUACUUUUUGUACUGUAUUCCUUACUAUGUGACUAUAAACUUAUAACUGUUACUGCUUUAACUCAACAUUUACAUUAACUUAUCUUUUUUUCAAUUGUAUUUUUUAACAAAGUUUUAGCCAGUUUUCCAUUGGUCUAUUAAAUGUUUUCGGAAAAAUAACACUUUAGUAAAAAUAUCUAAAGUUACAUAUACUGUUCUUUAAGAGCAAAAUAAUUCAUAAAAUGUGAUAUCAACAUGUUAUCAACCUUUCAUUAUAGAAUUGUUUACUAUUUCUAAAAGCAGAGAAAGAACUAUAAAUGUAUGUAUCUAAUGUUUAUUUUAUUAAAUAAAUCUUAAAUCUUUA